ACUUGGUCUUCUUCCUCCCUCAACCACUUUUCCCUUUUUCUUUGCUUACCGAGCGAGUUGCAGAGUCGAGAGAGAUAGAAAAUGAGUGGCCCGAUCCGGCGACCCGGAUCCGAAAACGCGACCCGACCCGUCGGAGGAACCGAGUACAGCUGGUGCCGAGCGGUUCCCGGCGGCACAGGAAUCACCGUCAUUGCCCUUCUCCUGAGACAACCUCCCGAUAUGCGAAAUCUCCAAAAUGCCCUCGAGAAACUCCAUAAUUACCAUCCUAUCCUCCGUUCCAAGCUCCGUUUCGACGCUCCUACAAACACCUUCUCCUUCCUCACACUGCCACCGCUCGCCGCGUCCCACGUCCAAAUCCAAACGUUCAAUUCCUCAUCGACGGCUGAAAUUCUCCGGAGCACCGACGAUCUGUCCGGCGAGCCGCACCGGAUCAUCCUCGAACACGAGUUGAACAACAAUACGUGGACGGAUCCUGAGCGUUGGAUCGACGGCGAGGCAAGUGUCUUCUUCGUUAGCUUGUACGAUCUCGGCGACGGCGAAUGCGACAGCAGGAGAUGCGUUGUGACGUUUCGGCUUCACACGGCGGCAUGCGAUCGCACAGCGGCGGUGACGCUGCUGAGGGAUUUUCUGGAGGCGGUAACGGCGGAGGGAGACGGUGGCGCUGCGGAGGAGAAGGCGGAGGAGAUCUCUCCGGCGAUCGAGGAUUUGAUUCCGACGGGGAAAGCGAACAAGCCGUUCUGGGCGCGUGGGAUGGACGUGCUGGGUUACUCGUUGAACGCGUUGAGGUUUUCGAAUCUGGAUUUCGUGGAGGCGGAAUCGCCGAAGGAAUCGCAGGUUGUGAGGAUGCAGAUGAACAGAGAUGAGACUCGCAAACUUGUGGCUUCUCUUUUGUUGCAUGAAUGCGACGGAAGAGGGAUGAAGCUGUGGGCGGCCAUAGCGGCGGCGGGGAUGAUAUCUGCUCAUUCGUCGAAGAAUCUGCCAGAAAAACAACGGGAGAAGUACGCCGUCGUGACAUUGAUGGAUUGUCGCCCCAUUCUCGAACCUCCUCUCAUUAGUAAGGAUUUCGGGUUCUACCACUCCGGGAUACUUCACACUCACGACCUAACCGAAGAAGAAACCCUAUGGGACUUAGCCGAGAGACUCAACAGCUCGUUCACUACGUUGAAGAACUCGGACAAGCAUUUCACCGACAUGCCGGAUCUCAACUUCUUGAUGUGCAAAGCCAUUGAAAACCCUCGCCUCACGCCUUCGUCGUCGCUCAGGACCGCUCUCAUCUCGGUAUUCGAAGAUCCCGUGUUUGAUGCAUCCACAGGGCAAGUCUUACGGGACAAAGGGGUCGAGGACUACCUCGGGUGCUCGUCGGUUCACGGGGUCGGACCGUCAAUCGCAGUUUUCGACACCAUGAGAGACGGUUGUUUGGACUGCAUGUGUGUGUAUCCGUCGCCGUUGCACUCAAGAGAUCAAAUGCAAGGGUUGGUUCAGAGCAUGAAAGCUAUUCUAUUAGACACUUAAGAAAGUCAACAAAAAUGUUGAACGGUAGAAAGAGGGGAUGAAAAUUAAAAUAUUUUUGUAGUUUCUUGACAAAUCAAGGGUAUAAUGGUUAUUUUCUUAUCAUUCGGUA